AACUUAAAAGUAGUAAAAUUAACUUUAAAGCAAUAAUAAAAUCAGAUAUUGCCAGCCUAGAAGAAAAAAUAAAAGAAUUAGAGGAAGCCAAAGGAUUACAAGAAGAACUCAAAGAGGUAGAAAAUAAAAUUAGAGGGGUGAUACGUGAGCAUAUACUCAACAAUAAAGAAGAAAUUAACAAUGUGUUAGGCGGAGACAUUCUUAUUAAGAGUAUAACUGCUAAGGACAAUUCUGACUCUUCUCCUGAUGAGUUGGAUUUUAGUGAAUUAAGAAAAAAAGAAGAAGAAUUAGGAAAACAACUUGAAGAAAAAGGAGUUGAAGAUCAGACGUUAGAACAAAUUGAAGAUGAGAUAAAAAAAAAAGAGCGAGAAUUAUUGGAUUUAAAGAAGCAACUUUUAAACGAUGAAGAAAUAUUCAAGGGGUGA